UUAAACAUGCAAUUCAAAUAUUUAAUUUUUCUGUUAAGCUUACAAGUAUAAAUAGGAGAACGCGGCAACAUUUGUUAUCAUUUCCUCCUGUUCUGUGAGAAAGCAGUUCCAAAAUGAUUUCUCAGGUUUUUGUCUUAUCUGCUUUAGCGGUGAUUGCUUUAGCCUAUGGUCAGUAUGAAACUGUUCAUCAACCCCAACCUUAUAAAUAUGGAUUCAAUGUGAAGGAUGAAGAUGGCAAACAUCAUUAUGAAGAAGUUCGCGAUGGCAAGGACAUGAAGGGAAGGUAUGAAACAACGGAUGCCAGAGGAAUCCACCGACAGGUCAACUACAAAGCUGACAAAGAGGGUUAUAAGAUACAUUAUAGGACCAAUGGACGCAGAACCGCUUACCAGAACUCUGCUACCAGUCCCAUAAUCUCAGACGUUCAUUACAGACAUAGAAGAGAUGCCGAACCUGAGAACUCAGACUCUUCCGAUAGGAAAGGCAGAUAUGCCGAGUCCGAGAACUCAAGCUCUCCCAACAGGCAUGGAGGAUAUGGCGGGCUCGAGAACUCAAGCUCUUCCAAUAGGAAAGGAGGAUAUGACAGGCCCGAAAACUCAGGCUCUCCCAACAGGCACGAAGGAUAUGCCUGGCCCGAGAACUCAGAUUCUUCCAAUAGGAAAGGAGGAUAUGACGGGUCCGAGAACUCAGACUCUUCAAAUAGGAAAGGAAGAUAUGGCGGAACCGAGAAUUCAGGCUCUCCCAACAGGCACGGAGGAUAUGCCGGAUCCGAGAACUCAGAUUUCACAGAUAGGAAAAGAAGAUAUGACGGCCCCGAGAACUCGGACUCUUCCAAUUGGAAAAGAGGAUAUGACGGUCCCGAGAAUUCGGACUCUUCCAAUAGAAAAAGAGGAUAUGACGGGCACGAGAACUCAGACUCUUCCGAUAGGAAAGGAAGAUAUGACGGGCCCAAGAACUCGGACUCUUCCACUAGGAAAAGAGGAUAUGACGGAUCCGAGAACUCGGACUCUUCCAAUUGGAAAAGAGGAUAUGACGGUCCCGAGAAUUCGGACUCUUCCAAUAGAAAAAGAGGAUAUGACGGGCACGAGAACUCAGACUCUUCCGAUAGGAAAGGAAGAUAUGACGGGCCCAAGAACUCGGACUCUUCAAACAGGAAAGGAAGAUAUGGCGGAACCGAGAAUUCAGGCUCUCCCAACAGGCAUGGAGGAUAUGCCGGGCCCGAGAACUCAGACUCUUCCGAUAGGAAAGGAAGAUAUGACGGACCCAAAAACUCAGGCUCUUCCAACAGGCACGGAGGAUAUGCCGGUCCCGAGAAUUCGGAAUCUUCCAAUUGGAAAAGAGGAUAUGAUGGGCCCGAGAACUCCGACUCUUCCAAUUCGAGAAGAGGAUAUGAUGGGCCCGAGAACUCGGAUUCUUCCAAUAGGAAAAGCGGAUAUGACGGGCCCGAGAAGUCAGGCUCUUCCAACAGGCACGGAGGAUAUGCCGGGCCAGAGACCUCAGACGCUUCCGAUAGGAAAGGAAGAUAUGACGGGCCCGAGAACUCAGACUCUCCCAACAGGCACGGAGGAUAUGACGGGCCCGAGAACUCAGACUCUUCCGAUAGGAAAGGAACAUAUGACGGACCUAAUAACUCAGGCUCCCCCAACAGGCACGGAGGAUAUGCCGGGCCUGAGAAAGACUCUUCCAAUAGGAAAGGAAGAUAUGCCUGGCCAGCGACCUCAGACUCUUCCGAUAGGAAAGGAAGAUAUGAUGGACCCGAGAACUCAGGCUCUCCUAAUAGGCACGGUGGAUAUGCCGGGCCAGCGACCUCAGACGCUCCCAAUGGGCAAGGAGGAUAUACCGGACCUAUAAUCUCAGACGCUCCCAACGGGCAAGAAGGAAAUGCCAUCCCUGUGAUCUCAGGCACUCCCAACGUGCAAGGAGGAAAUGCCGGACCCGUGAUCUCAGACGCUCCCAAUGGACAAGUAGGAUAUACUGAACCCAUAAUCUCAGAUGCUCCCAACGGGCAAGGAGUAAAUGCCAUCCCUGUGAUAUCAGACGCUCCCAAUGAACAAGGCGGAUAUACUGGGUUCUUGACCUCAAAUGCUCCUAACGGGCAAGGCGGAUAUGCCGGGCCAGUGACCUCGGACGCUCCUAAUGGGCAAGGAGGAUAUGCUGGGCCCGUAACAUCAAACAUUCCCAACGGGCAAGUAGGAUACAUCGCACCUGUAAUCUCAGACGCUCCCAACGGGCAAAUAGGAUACAUCGCACCCGUAUUCUCAGAUGCUCUCAACGGGCAAGGAGGAAAUGUCAUCCCUGUGAUAUCAGACACUCCCUACGGUCAAGGAGGAAAUGCUGGGCCCAUUAUUUUAGACGCUUUCAGUGGACAAGGAGGAAAUGCCGGACUAGGACUUGCUGGUCCUGGAGCUGUAGGGCAAGGAGGUGUUGAUGUUGGAAAAACAGGAUUAAGUUUAGCUGCUGAAGGAUAUGGAGAUUUUGGUACCAUUGGUCCAACUGUUUAAAAUGUAUUCAUCAUAUUUAAAAAAGCAAUAUUUGUUAGUGAUUGUAAAUACUUUUCAAUAAACUUAUUGCUUUUGUUCA